UUAAAUCCAGGGGUGGUAUACCGGCAUCGGCCAUUUUCCUCUGCAAUCAGAAUUAUUACAAUAAUGUUGUCUGCACGUGUGGCAGCUUCUGUGGCUCGUGGCCUUGCAAGGCAGGCACCUAAGGUCUGUAGAAACAACCUUGGUGCAACAUUCGUUGCUCAGAGGAAUUUAUCAACAACAGUAACACAAAAUGCUGCCGGUGGUAGCACUGCUGAGGUAUCGUCCAUCCUUGAGGAUAGAAUUCUCGGCUAUACAGCAAAAGAUAAUCUAGAAGAGACUGGACGUGUACUUUCAAUUGGUGAUGGUAUUGCCCGUGUCUACGGUCUCAAGAACAUCCAGGCCGAAGAAAUGGUAGAAUUCUCUAGUGGUCUGAAGGGUAUGGCUCUAAAUUUGGAGCCUGAUAAUGUAGGUAUUGUGGUCUUCGGUAAUGAUAAACUCAUCAAAGAGGGUGAUGUUGUGAAGAGGACCGGUGCUAUUGUAGAUGUACCCGUUGGAGAAGAACUUCUAGGAAGAGUAGUCGAUGCUUUAGGAACACCCAUUGAUGGAAAGGGUCCAAUUAAUUCAGCAACCCGUAAGAGAACAGGACUGAAGGCUCCAGGUAUCAUCCCAAGAAUUUCUGUAAGUGAGCCUAUGCAAACCGGCAUCAAGGCCGUAGACAGUCUGGUACCAAUUGGAAGAGGACAGAGAGAACUCAUCAUUGGUGACAGGCAGACUGGAAAAACUGCUGUAGCCCUUGAUACCAUCAUCAACCAGAAGCGAUUCAACGACUCUACAGAUGAGAAAUCCAAACUUUACUGUAUAUAUGUUGCCAUAGGACAGAAAAGGAGUACAGUAGCACAGAUUGUAAAGAGAUUGACAGAUGCUGGUGCCAUUAACUAUACGAUUAUUGUGUCAGCUACUGCCUCUGAUGCUGCUCCACUGCAGUACCUUGCCCCAUACUCUGGGUGUGCUAUGGGAGAGUACUUUAGAGAUAAUGCAAAGCAUGCUUUGAUCAUCUACGACGAUUUGUCAAAACAGGCUGUAGCUUACCGUCAAAUGUCUCUGUUGCUGCGACGUCCCCCAGGUCGUGAAGCCUACCCAGGCGAUGUGUUCUACCUUCACUCUCGUCUACUUGAACGUGCCGCUAAGAUGAACGACAACUUCGGAGGUGGAUCCUUGACUGCCCUCCCUGUAAUUGAGACGCAGGCUGGUGAUGUGUCCGCCUACAUCCCCACCAAUGUCAUCUCCAUCACUGACGGACAGAUUUUCUUGGAAACUGAGCUUUUCUUCAAGGGUAUUCGACCAGCCAUCAAUGUAGGUCUGUCUGUAAGCCGUGUAGGAUCAGCUGCACAAACCAAAUCCAUGAAACAGGUUGCUGGUUCCAUGAAGCUAGAGUUGGCCUUGUACCGUGAAGUAGCUGCCUUUGCCCAGUUCGGUUCUGAUCUGGAUGCCGCAACACAAAACCAGUUGAACAGGGGUGUACGUCUUACAGAAUUACUCAAGCAAGGUCAAUAUGUACCAAUGGCUAUUGAAGAACAAGUAUCUGUAAUAUACGCUGGUGUAAGGGGUCUCCUCGACAAGGUUGAUCCAUCAAAGAUCACAGCCUUUGAAAAAGCAUUCCUGCAACACAUCCGCAGCCAACACCAAGAUCUACUCACAACAAUAGCAAAAGAGGGCGCCAUCUCAAAAACAUCCGAUGACAAGCUGAAGGAAGUAGUCCUCAAGUUCUUGGAAACCUUUGAAGGAUAACUUAAAGAAAUUAUUAGGAAUGAUAUAAGUUGCUGAAUUACCAGAUAUGUAAUAAGACCUAAUAGUUCUACAGCUAAGGAUUAGUCGGAGCCACAGAUUUGGAAACAACUGCAUCAGAAAUGUUAAAAAAUGAAAGUUUAAAAAUAUCAAAAAAAAAUAUUAUAAUGUUGUACCCUGUACCUUCUAUAAAAAUGUUGAAAAUUAGAUUUAAUUAAUAUUGCUGUGUUGGAAUAAAGAAAAAUCUACAGUUAUUAUAAACAUUCUGUCACUUGGAAUAUUAGGUAAUUAUUGAACUCAAUCCCAGUCAUGAUGUUGACAGGACAAUUCACUGUGACACAACACAUCUUUUAAUUGCAAUAAAGAGAUUGUCACGAUAUAUCA